UUUAUUAUAUGACGGUGGGGUUUCCUCACUCUAUGUUAUUUCAUACUGUAGCACUUCAUAGUAGGCUACCGUUAGAUUGCAGGACUCUUGUCGGGGUUUCUAGUUACGUAUGUUCACUUGCUCCAGCUCCUCAGGAGAGGUGCGUUCACGGGACCUGCGUGGACGUCAGCGCUCUGUUUACUCUGUGAAUGUCCAAAAGUCAUGGAUGAACCAACCGGAGAACAAACACAGUAGGCUGUUUGUUCAUUUGUCUUGUCAAAGCGGCGCGACUGUGAAAAACAAAUCACUGCAGCUGUGGAAUAAAUAGGCUACAACAAAGAGGAAAUAUUUAAAGGUAAGGUUUGGAGGCUCAAAGCAGAGUGGACCUCCUCACCCUCCUCAGUCUCUCGUGGUCAGCCCCUCUGAUCUGUUGUUGAAAUGGCCUCAAGGCAGGGAGACAUUCCAGCACUUGAGUCUGGCAGUUCACCUGGUCUCUUCGGCGCCUUCUCGUCCCCCAUUGGAAUGACUCGGCGCAAUAUAAGCUAUGACGAGCACAUGGAUUCUCCUAUGCAUUCCCCACCCCCAGACAUGACUGUUAACAUCUUAUGGAAAGAUCCUGUCAUCCCAAAGAACAAGUUCAGGAACACUGCAGAGGAAGGCGAGAUUGGGGGGAAGAUGCUGACGAUUGAGGCACCAUUGUCAGCCAGGACCCCAGUGCCUGUUGUGAAAGCCAAAGCCACCUCUUUAAUGAGCUCACUGAUGAUCAAGCAGGCCCAAGAGAACAUACAGAGGUUUGAGCAUCAGGCAGGACUGACAGAUACCGGGUAUUCGCCCCACAAAGGGCUCUCUGCUGAGGAGACACGUUUUCACCAGCUCUGCAACAGCCCACUGCCAAAGUUGAGGAUGCCAAGCGGGGACUUCAAGGAGGACAGGCUUACAACAUCAGCACAAUCCACCCCAAGUUGUACCCCUUCUGUCACCCCCACUGUCACCCCCAGUGUCACCCCCUGUGUUAGUCCCCACUCUUCACCAGCUGUUAGUCGCAGGAGCUGGUUCCAGUUGAGUCCUGCACCUUUUCUUGCAACCCCGGAGCCUAACAGUCCCAGCCCCAGCACGGACAUGGGAGGAAAUGAGGGAGGAGGAGGAGGGGAAAGGUGGAACUUCUUUGGAACUCGGUCUGUGGUACAGAAGUCCCCAACUGACCCAGGCUCAGAAACUGGCACAGGCUUCUCACUGCAGUCCUACUUUGGCCUGCAGAAGUCCACCACCAUUGAUGGCAGCAAUCCCCAGGUCAACUUCAAGGUGAAUGACCCGGCCCACUUCAUGCCUCCCAAAAUUGAAAUCUCUGGCAUUGAAAACAAGCGGCUUCCCCAACGGCCACACAAACUUAAACCUCGGGACAUGAAUGUUUUAACACCUUCGGGUUUCUGAAGCCAGAACAGCUGUUUAGUCCAACCUCCGUACCCCCUCCCCCCCCCCCCUCCUCCCUUGUCUGGUUGCUUAUCUUCUUGUCUGACUCCCUCUGUCUCCCCACAAACACACUGAAGCUAAGAGAAAUGAGGACCACCUUGAGUGUAACCUCACCUGCCCCAGGGAAAUCAAAUCACUGCACUGUUACUUAUCCCAGCCAAUUUAGACGGAUAAACUGCUUCUCCUUUUCUGUUAGUCCGAACUAUCCAGUUUCCUCCAAGUCACUGAUCUAAAUAAAACAUGAUUUGAAGAAUCUUCAUUUGUCAUCCCUAAAGAUGGUACUGCUUUGUAAUAUAUCGUCUGUCAUGUAAUUGGUGCAUUGGCAUGCCUUGCCUUGCUGUCCUCGUUCCAUUGUCAAUGAUGGCACGAGAUUGAAGAUGUUGAAAUAUCUCGUCAGUCCCCCCCCCAUAUUAAACCUGACCAGAUAUUUCAGUGCAUAAUGUUCAGUUGCCUCAUUUGUAUUAUAUGUAUGUUUAUUUUGAAUAAGCUUAUGGAUUUGUAGUUGUGUAGUGCUUCUCUCUGUUGGAAUGCAGAGUAUGAUGUGGUUUGACUGAAAUUGUGCCUAACCUUGCAGCAUGUUUGCUUUUGGCAUUCUUGCCAUUUAAAUUCUGCUGUUUUCUGUGCAAAGGCCUAUUAUUUUAUUUAGUGAGAGAGUAUGAGUGCUGACCUGAAGUGAUUUUCUAUUAUAAUUUCAAUUUAUUCUAUAUUAUUUUAGAUUAUUUGCUUUAAAUCAACAUUGUUCAUUCUAAUAGUUGUUAGUAUGUCACGUUCAACAAAUUUUUAUAUUGCAUCACAAUAUGACACAACAUGACACCAAAACAGAGCAUUGAAGUUUUGCAUUUCCUGUGUCGCAGUAACAGAAUCCCUUUUGUUUUAUUUGAAGAAGUUGAUGAAUUCCAUUGAGUAAUUGCACAAGGGAGAUGUCUCCCACUUAUAUCUGUAAAUAAAUCUGAAACUUAAGAGCAAA